AUGUUGUUGAACAUCUGCAAAUCAUGUCAGUACUGUCUCGAGAGUAUGUACUGGACUUGCUGCGAGGAAAGGUUUUGCUUCGACAAGAAAAUCGCUACUUAUAACCUAGAAGAUAAUAAAGUAUAUGCGAAUGGAUACGCCAAUAUGGGUGCCAGUUUAGACAGUGUGGUUACACAGCAACCUAUUAACAAUAAUCAUCUACCACAAGGAGCUGUAAUUGGGAGAGAGAUCAAUGAAUUGCCGCUUCACGCUGAUAAACUUUACGAGGUUUUCUCCAAAUCACUUAUAUUUAGAGAUGAACACGAAUUAAAGAAAGGCAGCUCAAAUUCAUUGGACGAAUUAGAAACUAAAUCUAUGCCAGAAUAUCUUUCAGAUAAACCUAAUAGGACUAAAGUUUACUUUGAGGAUGAAGUUGAUUCACCUGUUACCGACUUUGAAAUUAUGUUCAAAGACGAACUUAUGUCUAAUUACGACAUAUUCAAAAUCGACGAAGAAGAUUCUAAAAGCCAAGACACGGAAGAGGGACUAAUAAUGAAUGUGGCAGUUAAAAAGCAAGACGUUAUCAAACCUAGCACGGUCACAAUUAAAAAUGACCAUAAAAUAACAAAACAAUAUCCAGUAUACGAAUAUGAUCCAAUUUCAGUAGUAGCGUUGCCAUCUUCUUUAUCUUUGCCUCGAGUUGAAAGUGUUAAAGGAAUAUUACGUACAAAUAGCACAAGAGCGUUAGAUAGGACAGAAUCUAAUAAUAAAUUAUCGCGACCUAACUUAAGUAAAAUGGAUAGUUUGAAAAAUAUUGAUCCAAAUAAAAUAAGCAAGGUCUUAGCUCGAGUGCCGCAUCGCAGCGCUUCUUUCCUAAAUUUACCCUCACAUUUGAUUGAAAAGCCGCCUUUGACUAAAUCAAAAUCAACUGUAGGUGUAGCGUUGGGUGAUUACGAACUAAAAUUAAGUUCUUUACCAGAUACGCCUAUAAUAAAAAGUAAUAAUUUGCCCAAAUUUUUCGUAGAUAGCCCCAUGAAUGAAUAUAAAGGGGAAACUAGUUUACAGAGUCUCAAGCAACAGGCUCAAUUGAUAAAUCAGAAUGACUUCAGUAUGCCUAGAUAUUACGGAACAGUUAAAGCAGAAUUAGCAGAAAGUAAAUCUAUGCCAGAUUUAAGAUACCCUACUUCAACGGGUAAAGUCAGUAAGCGUUUAGUUAAAUUGAGAAGUAGACUAAAGCCCUUGGUUAUUAGGAAAAGUUCAGAAGAAAGGUUA